CCCAGCAUUCACAUCUCAACUUCCAUCCUCCACGUCACCUCUGAACACGACGCCCGGCUGUUCUUGGACCCUUUACCGCCCAUUUUUUGAACCUAUCGAUCGGGUAUCGGCUGUGCUUCUCUUCUUCCUUCUAAUCCUGGAAUAACCGCCAAAGCACGCUUCCCUUCAGGCAGCCGAUACCAUGCAUACCUCCAGGCCCUGGGCCCGUGCCCGCCCUGCGUACCCUACCUAUGUCUCUCAGAUUUGUACCACAUUGUUCGCUUUAUCAUGUCUACCUAUCGCCGACGGACUGCACCACAUGGCCCAGACAGCUCCGCGCAGGAUAGACCGCAGAAAAGAACCCAUCACGCCGCUGCUCAUCACGAACCAAUGUCCUGAGACAAUUUACCCCGGAAUCUCAACCCAGUCGGGGGACGGACCGAAAGAGAAUGGCUUCAAGCUGGAUCCUGGCGAGUCAUCGAAUCAGACCGUGUCGGAAGACUGGCAAGGCCGUGUUUGGGGAAGGACGAAUUGCUCUUUCAAUGAGCAGGGGACCGGUCCGAAGGAUGGCGGGGCGAAAGCAUGUCGUUCCGGCGACUGCAAUGGGAUAGUGAAUUGCGUGGUUGGUGGUGAUGUGCCGGUUUCGCUUGCAGAAUUUACACUCGAUGCCGGCGAUGGACACACCUACUACGACAUCUCCUUGGUGGACGGCUACAACAUCCCCAUGGCGAUAGUGCUGCAACCGCUCCAGAACGUUACUCUAGACGAUAUCCCUCCGAACCUAACCAAUCCCUCGUGCGAAGGCACAGUCGGCCUCUUGGCGGCUCAGCAAUAUGAUCCUUACUCCAGCGGAUAUCCCCACUUCCUUCGGACAAACAGCUCAUACCCUCUCCCCUUCGAAAGGGAGGUUACUGACGAUAAGGUCGCCAGAUGGUGUCCCUGGGAUCUCCAGCAGGAGCCCCCAGACAAGCCGGGCGAUGGCGUGUAUCCGUAUCCUGACGACGAUAUCCAAAGACCUAUAUUCAAUCCUUGCUAUUCCGCCUGCGCAAAGAACAACAGGCCAGAGGAUUGCUGCACAGGGAAAUACAAUUCACCCAGCGCAUGCUCACCUAGUGAGUACUCGAAGUCUGUGAAGCGAGUAUGUCCGGACGCUUACAGCUUCGCCUUCGAUGACCAGACAUCUACCUUCAUCAUCCCAUCCGGAGCUGGUUUUGAAGUCGUCUUCUGCCCCGGAGCACGCUCAACCAACAUUUUGGCCACGGAGUCGGACAAAAUGUUGCAACUCGCCCAACAAGGCCAUGUUAGCAAGGACAGCAACGGCCAGUCUACCAUGAUGAAAAAGGUCAGGAACAACGUGUUCCGGAGGAGUGGUGCUAUGCGGAACAUCCGAUUGGACAGUACCGUCCUCAUGGUAACUUUCGUUAUGGCUGCAGGUGUUUUAGCAUACGCGGCGAUCUGCUGAGGGCAUUACAGCCGCAUCGGACAUUUGUGCUGAAGAGGAAGUAACUCAGUUCGGAUAGAGGUGUUGGACGCACAGUUGAGUAGUUUUAGAUACCCCUUCUGUUCAUUUCGGUGUAUCUUCAUUUAUACUCUUCUAUGCGUGUAACACUGCAUUUUAUGCCAUGCGUCUGCCCUCGUCACUUGCAGAGAGGCGAGGUAAAUCGCUGUCUACAUAGGUAUGCAGCAAGCAGUCUAGACGGCAG